GUAAAGAUUAAUGUUUGUCAACAAAUCAAUUCGUAAAAAUGAGUUUCUCUGCACACAUUGGGUCCCGAACGUCGGCAAAGGAGAAAUACAAUAUUUAUAACAGUUUAGCCGUCUUAAUAAAAGCAAUUGAAGGCCAAAAAACAACAGUUGAUUUGAGAAAUGAAUCUACUGUCACCGGAAUCUUAGAACAAGCUGACGGGUUCAUGAACAUUGUGAUGAAGGAAUGUCUAUUUACUGAUCCCAGGGGUGAUUCAUUCACAUAUGAAAUGUUUUUUGUCCACGCUCGAAAUAUUCGCUUCGUUCACAUUCCCCCACACAUACCGAUAAUCCCAGCGAUUCAGGAUGAGUUGAGGAAAGUAUCAGGACAUCCCACUCGAGAAAAAAAUCCAAAACGCACACUUCGGGAUAAGAAUGUGCAGAAUGCUCAGCGUGAAGGGCUAGCUGGUGUUGCGGCAGUUUUAGAGGAAAGGAAAAGUAAAAUUCUCGAAGAAACUACGAGUGAGUCUAAGUAAGAUUUAAGAAUUCGUUAUAGUUCUGCGCAGAACGAAUUUUGCAGGGAGGAAGCAGGUUUAAUGUAGAAUCUAGUAUUUAAGAAACUAGAUUAAUGAUACUUAAAUAAUUUAAAGUAAGAGAGACUCAAGACUUCUGAAAUAUGUAUAUUUUCUCAUGAAAAUGUUAGUUUUUCAGUAUAAAAAUAAAUUAAGUCUUAUUCUUAAAA